GUAUUCAUGUAUGAAAAAAAGGGAAGAAUCCUAACAGGGUCAGUAAUGCAACCUCACUGAGACCAUUUGUACUCACCGUUUCAAGGAGGGAAAAGUAACGAAGGAUCAAAGAAACAAGAAAACAGAGGACAAAGGGGAAAGACAGUAAUGCAACAUCAAAGAGAACGACACUAAAAACCACCAACAGCAAAUAACGCCGGGUGGCAGCAGCGAACGCAUGCGUCUGAGUUUCCGGAAACGAAGACACGAGGCAAACGAACCAUUUUUCACCGGCUUCUGUCUUUGUCCGUCCACCUAUCCGCUGUUCAACAUCUACAGCUGAACCAUGGCCAAUGUCAGCGAUACAAGACUGUACGACAUCCUUGGAGUCUCCCCGUCUGCGUCUGAAAAUGAACUUAAAAAGGCUUACCGAAAACUGGCAAAAGAAUAUCACCCUGACAAAAACCCAAAUGCUGGUGACAAGUUUAAAGAAAUUAGCUUUGCCUAUGAGGUGUUGACCAACCCUGAAAAGAAAGAACUUUAUGACCGCUAUGGGGAGAAAGGGUUGCGGGAAGGAGGUGGAGGUGGUCCCGGUAUGGACGAUAUUUUCUCCCACAUCUUUGGUGGUGGACUUUUUGGCUUUCCCGGUGGGACCCGGUCCAGGAAUGGAGGCCGUAGAAGAGGAGAGGACAUGGUUCAUCCACUUAAGGUUUCACUGGAGGACCUUUACAAUGGGAAAACAACUAAACUACAGCUUAGCAAAAAUGUCCUGUGUAGCAGUUGUAAUGGGCUGGGAGGCAAGACAGGUGCUGUACAAAAAUGUACAACCUGUAGGGGGCGUGGCAUGCGUAUCAUGAUCAGACAGCUGGCUCCAGGGAUGGUCCAGCAGAUGCAGUCUGUGUGUACUGACUGUAACGGUGAAGGUGAAGUAAUCAGUGAGAAGGACCGUUGUAAAAAAUGCGAGGGCAAGAAGGUCGCCAAGGAGGUGAAGAUUCUGGAGGUACAUGUAGACAAAGGAAUGAAGCAGAACCAGAAAAUAACCUUUGGAGGAGAAGCUGACCAGGCACCUGGCGUCGAGCCUGGGGACAUAGUUAUAGUCCUGCAAGAAAAAGAACAUGAGAUAUUCCGGCGAGAGGGCAACGACCUUUUCAUCACCCACAAGAUCGCCCUGGUGGAGGCGCUGUGCGGCUUCCAGUUCAUGCUGAAACACUUAGAUGGCAGACAGAUUGUUGUCAAGUACCCUGUUGGCAAAGUCAUUGAGCCAGGCUCAGUGAGGGUGGUGCGAGGAGAGGGCAUGCCACACUACCGCAACCCUUUUGAUAAGGGAGAUCUCUACGUCAAGUUUGAAGUACAGUUCCCAGAGAACAACUGGAUCAGUCCUGAGAAACUUGCGGAGCUGGAGGACAUGCUGCCCUCGAGGUCAGAGCCGCCGAUGAUCACCGCAGACACGGAGGAGGUGGACCUGCAGGAUUACGACGCCAGCCAGGGCUCAUCAUCAGGUCGCAGAGAGGCCUACAACGACAGCUCCGAUGAGGAGGGCGGACACCACGGACCGGGCAUGCAGUGCGCCCACCAGUAACCUCAUUCCACCAGUUGUGCAUACUCAAACACACACAUGCAGACACAGGAACCACAUUCUACUUUGUGAAAAAAAGAAAAGAAAAUUAAGUACGAGCUGCAGUGUAAACAAAUUUAAGUUCAUACUGAAAAGACUCUUUAGGUUCUGAGGCCUAGAAUUAACUGUUGUUAUGAAACCCCAGGAAUAUUGUGGAUUACUGUUUUACCAACUAUGAGUUACAGAUUAUUCUCAUUAAUGUGUGAGGCUACUUGAGGUAGUAUAAAUUCACCUGCACCUCACAGCGAUGUUUAAAUCCCAAACAGCAGCUUCAGAGAGACGAUACGUGAUUAGUUUCUAAUCCGAUGUCCGUGGUCAUCAUCGUGUCCAGUGUGACUGAGAUCGGGUGUUCAAAUGCAACCUCUCUCCUCCACAACUCCCAACCGGCUGUUCCUCCGUCAGCCUCCUUCGUUCCCUCUUCAGUCCAUUCCCUCUGUGCUAAUGCAAAGAUCAGAUCAGAAAAAAAAAGUUCUUGUUUGCAGAGUGUGUGACUUCGUUUUCCUUGUAUUUACCGUACAAUAAUUAAUUAAAACGAAUAUUGUGUAUACACAGACAAAGCAGCCAAGCAAUGUGACACAGAAAUCUGUGAAGUUGUUUUAGUCAUGGAUUUCUUUCUUAUCUUGACAGCUUUUUUUCCCAUUGUAGGUUUUUACUUGUUUUUUGUUGUUUUUUUUCUGCCUUUCUUAAUAUUUUAUUUAGACGUCUGUUUAUUGUUUAUAUCGCUGGACUGGUUGUUUGAAACUGUUUCUGCUGCUGCAUUUGACACUGAUUUUUGAGACAAUACAAAACCCCGGCCCGUAUCUGUGCUGGGACCAUGUGCAUGUAAAAGGCUUUGGUUCUGCAGUUAAUGAACAUCUGUCAAUUCAAACAGCGCUCUUCUUAAAGAAAAAAUGUCUAUAAGGAUGUUGAAUAAAAUGUUCAAAUAUU